ACAAAAAAAAAAAAUAUGGGGAUGAGGUAGGUAGUUGGUUGGAUGGGCUAUUUACAAUAGUACUAUAGUAAUAGUACUAUUCCCAGGUCUAAACCUAAACAGGUUUACAUUCAAAAUACAUUUCUCAGAUAAAAAUGUUGUACAUUUACCAAGGAUUCAAAAAUCUGAGCAAGACAAAAAAGCCUUGAAUGGGGGCAAUACUUACUAAGAUCCCUACUACCCCCUCCCUUAUGGAGCGGCAGCACAAGAGCUGAUUUCUAUACUUUUGGAAUAUUUCCUGAUAACAAUGUUAGAUUAAAAAAAAUGUGGGUUCUUGAGCCAACAAUGCUAGGUGCUGCACACUUAAGAAGACCAGGAUCCAAUUGGUUUGCCCCUGUAGAUUUCUUGUUGUCUACUGCUAGAAAAGCAUCCAUGACUUCUUUUUUUUGUAAAUAACCGAAAAGAACAUAUUUGACUGUCUUUUCUCUUAUCAUUCAGCAAGUUUCCCCUUUCAGCAUCUGGACCAACAUCAUUGUUAUUAGGCUUAGAAGUUCGUUCAAAGAGAGCACAAGAGCACAGUUUACUGCCAAAUCACUAUCCCCAACAAUGACAUGCUCCAUUUUCCCUCCCAAUCACAGAAGUCUUUACUGGCCCAUAAAUCUUCACCUCCUCCAUGUUAUCUUCACUUCAAGAAAAAUGAUCAUCAACAUUGAGUUGAUCAGUACAUCCUGUCAUCUCCUUCAGACCGAAAACUCUUUGGAAGAUUCUUCAUGACACACACAGACACACACAGAGACCAUUAACAGACACAGUACCAGAAAACGAAAGAGAACCCACCACUAAUUGGACUGAAUUUAAACUGGCAACAAAAGGCUGGGCUCGAAAAUUCCAGUCCUGGUUUGUACAGGCCCUGCUUUGUUGUUCAUUGCCCCUGUUUUUUCUGUUCUAAUGCUGUGUUAACACAAAUCUUUUUUUUUCAAUGAUGGCCUCUCCCCUCCAUCUCUCUCUCGCUCUCUUUCUCUCUCUCUGUGGUGCAUGAAAGGCUUUUGGCCCCGCAUGACGCGUAGUUAGGCCUACCCCAAACUGAGCCGAGGCGCGUACCCCGGAGGCUAGAACGCGCUAGGCUUCCCAUACACACACCCACACCCACACAUACACACACCACAUGAGCUGCACAGACAACCAGGAUGACCCUGAAACCUCCUCCGGAGCGGAGCGUUGCUACUGUCGUCGCCAUCAGAAGGCUGCUGCUGCCUCUCGUCAUGUCUUCCAACGCUGAAUUUCCCCAAAAACUUUGGACUGUCAUCUUCUUCCGUUGAUCCUGUGGGGAGCUGAGACAGACAGAGACAGACAGACAGAAAGAAAGAAAGAAAGAAAGAAAGAAAGAAAGAAAGAAAGAAAGAAAGAAAGAAAGAGAGAGAGAGAGAGAGAGAGAGAGAGAGAUGAUGGGGAAGUUACGGAAUAUGGAGGAAGGGGGGAUAGUGGAGGGCUUCAGCACGGAGGAGCUGGAGUGCAUGAUCUGUUACUGCCCAUAUAGCCUGGGCAGCCGGCGCCCUAAGGUUCUCGAGUGCUGUCACCGCCUGUGUGCCAAGUGCCUGGCCAAGAUCUUAGACUUGGGCGAGUCGCCACCCAAUGCUGUGGUGUGCCCGUUUUGCCGGUUCGUCACUAGUUUCCCGGGCGAGGCGGUGGGUAACCUGCCAGAUGACUGCAACUUGGUGGCCGCGCUGACCCUCCAGACCCGGAACCAGAGGAACUUGCACUACCCCAAUGAGGGCCCCACCGAGCUACUGCUCAGCCCCAGGCACCUAAGCUCACUCAUGGGCAACCCUCCCAGCGGCUCCUCAUCCUCCUCCACUACCACUACCACCACCCACACCUACUCCUCCAUCCGCGGCUCACCCAACUACAUGGUCAUCACCAUCAUGGAACCGCCUCCAUCCCCUCAGGACCACCACCCCUACCAACUUCACUCCCACCCUCCUGGAGUGGGCACCAUCCAGGGUAGGGAUUACCACUCCUCCAGUCUGGACUCCAUGGCCUCCAUCACCCAGAGGUGGGCGGUGUGGAACUGCGCCGCCCGGGCGCUGGUGUGGGUGUUGGGGCUCCUCUACUUCAGCUCCUUGCCCAUGGGAGUCUACCUGCUCAUCAUGCAGAAGACCACCUUGGGGGUCCUUCUGGUAAGCCUGGUCCCGGCAAGCCUCGUCAUGAUCAUGGUCUACGGCUUCUGCCAGUGCCUCUGUCACGAGUUCUGGGACCUUAUGCCCCAUAGCAGCCAAAGAACGAUCAUCCGAGGAGGUUAAGAACGGGUUGCAGAAAUUUUACAUUUUUCCGAAGGAGAUCGUUACUACUGACAAUGGAAAUUGGCAUCCUGGAUACCAUAGAAUAUUUCUUUUCUUUUUUUUACUUUUUUUUUUUUUACUCAGGCUCAAAUGACUUGGUGGAUUGUAUAUGGGAAGAGAGCAGGUACAAGAGAUGUACAGUUUAGAUCAAUGUUAAGUUUGGGCAUUUUCAGUUCUAGUCAUUCAUUUAGAUUAUGUAAUUUGUGUACUGUGUAAACAAAACGGUCCACCAAAUAUCCAACUAUACUUAAAUAAGAAGUCGCAGUAAGUAUCGGGUAUGCUUUCGCAACCAGAAAAAUUAUGAAGCAUUCAUUUUUCAUUUUGAGGUAUUAACAAUAUAACUAUCUGGCCAUAAUUGGCACAGUAGAAAUGUAUACAUUUUGUAUUGAAAGCACUUAGAGGGAGGAACAAUGGUCUAAUGCUAAGCUUUGGCAAGUCAGUGUAAAUAAUAAUUUGUUAUAAAGGACGUGAAUAAUGUGGAGGACACCAAGAAUAUGAGUUAGUCAUAAUAUAACCGCCACCAUAAAUGUAUCAUACUAUCAUCAUCAUUCUGGUGUAUGUGACAAUAAAACAUAAUUAAAAAAUG